CUGAAAUCGAUUAUUAGAUAAAUACACGAAUGAGUUUCUAAUUUCUGAAAUUAAUAAUUCGUCCUCCACAUUACUCACUCAAUUCUCGUAUAGAUAAGAUAAGAGAAUUAUUAUAAUUACGAAUAGUUAAACAUUCACAUGUUGCUAUGAUUGUAGUUUUUGAAUCUUGAAAGCUAUGAACCACCGACGAAUUUUUGCAUAUAUGACACUUGAGAAAACUCAAAACAUAAAGCAGAACGUGUGUGUUGUUGUUUUUGCCUCUUUGCCGGUUAAGUCAAUUCACUUUGACUUGGUACUGGAAAGUGGAAACAUUGUUUAGAUUUUCAAAAAUUACCUUCCUUCAGAUAAGUUAUGAUAGACGUGUUUUGCAUUAGUCGCCCCGUGUUGUGGUAUUAGUCAAGACAACAUUGUGUGUGUUUGAGACGAUUAAGGAACAAAUUAAGAGGAUGUCAAGUAGUGAGGAGACUCAUUGGUGUUAUAGUUGCAGGAGGCCAGUUCAUGUUCAAUGGGGACGGCGAUCUACGAUUUGCUCCGAAUGUGAUGGGGAAUUUGUUCAGCAUCUUGAUAAUUUGAUCCCUACUACCCCUGCUCAUGAUUUUGAUGAUUCGAUCCCUACUAGCCCUGGUCGUGUUUAUGAUGAAUUUAUCCCUAAUAGUCCUCCAGAAUUCCAAGGAGAGAACAGUCCAGAAUUCCAUAGAGGGAACAGCAGCGAUGAGGACGAAAUCCCACCAAGGUAUGGACUCACGGAAACUUUCUCAGCUUUUAUGAGGCAUCAAAUGGCUGAAUCAAGCCAUAAUGUUUCAGGGCACGGUCGGAUUCAAUUCCCGAACAGUCCACCAUUUACUCCACCAUUUAUUCCUGUGUUAAUCUAUAGUGGUCCAAUUCCAUCCAGGUUUUCUGGAGCAAGUAUUAACUCAGCUGACUAUUUUGAUGGUCCCGGACUUGACGAACUGGUUGAACAGAUUUCGGCUGAUGAUCGGCAAGGCCCCCCACCAGCAUCACAGUCCGCUAUAGCUGCAAUUCCUUCGGUCAAGAUCAAGAAAAAGCAUAUAAAAUCAGAUUCACGUUGUCCAAUAUGCCAAAAUAAAUUUAAGCUGGGGUCAGAUGCAAGACAAUUGCCAUGUAAACAUAUCUUUCACGAAAAGUGUAUUCUACCCUGGUUGGCUCAAAAUAAUACCUGUCCUACUUGCCGUCAUGAAUUGCCGCCGGAAGAAUCGAGUAUCGGUAGUAGUAGCUCGAAUAAUAGAAGCAGUGGAAGGAGAAGGAGAAAUAAUUUUUCCUUUUUGUGGCCUUUCCGCAAUUCUGAUUCUUGAGCAACUGGAAGCACUUCUGAGAGUAGCAGCCAUCAUCAUCCAGAACGACUUUAAGUGUGUCUUAUAUUUAUGCUGAUUGAAAAAUGCAAUGGAAUGAUGCUCAUUGCUUGUAGUCUCUAUUUGUUUUAUAAAGGUGUCAACUGUUUUCUGUAUAAACAGUUGGAGUAUAUAAAUGGUUCAAAUUAAUAUUUAUGUUC